AUGUGGGAGAGAGGAUGGAGGUGGAGGCAGAAAUACCGAAGGGAAGGCAGAAGGGGAUACACGUGCUUGAAGAACCUGGACAGAAAGCUGAAUACAGCGCAGUCCGAGGGGAGACCGUGUGAAUACAACUCCAAAAUCUACCAGAACGGCGAAAGCUUCCAGCCGAACUGUAAACACCAGUGUACGUGCAUAGAUGGAGCUGUGGGCUGCAUCCCACUCUGCCCGCAAGAGCUCUCCCUCCCCAACCUAGGCUGCCCCAGCCCCAGGCUGGUCAAGGUCCCCGGGCAGUGCUGCGAGGAGUGGGUCUGCGAUGAAGGCAAGGAUGAGCUGGAAGGCUUCUUUGGCAAAGAGUUUGGUCUGGACGAUUCCGAAGGUGAACUAACCAGGAACAAUGAGCUCAUUGCCAUCGUGAAAGGAGGCCUGAAAAUGCUGCCUGUUUUUGGAUCUGAGCCACAAAGCCGAGCCUUUGAGAACCCCAAAUGCAUUGUGCAAACAACGUCCUGGUCCCAGUGCUCUAAGACAUGUGGAACUGGCAUCUCCACAAGGGUUACCAACGACAAUCCCGACUGCAAGCUCAUCAAAGAGACCAGAAUAUGUGAAGUGAGGCCGUGUGGCCAGCCUAGCUAUGCCUCCCUAAAGAAGGGAAAAAAAUGUACCAAGACUAAGAAGUCCCCAUCCCCAGUGAAUUUUACUUACGCCGGCUGUUCCAGCGUGAAGAAGUACCGCCCCAAGUACUGUGGCUCCUGUGUGGAUGGCAGGUGCUGUACGCCCCAGCAGACCAGGACUGUCAAGAUCAGGUUCCGCUGCGAUGAUGGGGAAACCUUCACCAAGAGCAUCAUGAUGAUCCAGUCCUGCCGGUGCAGCUACAACUGUCCACACGCGAAUGAAGCUUACCCCUACUACAGACUGGUCAAUGACAUUCACAAAUUCAGGGACUAAGCUGUGUUGGGGGUGGGAUGCUCAACAGAAAUUUGAAGUAACCAGCCAUGGAGAAAAGGACCCUUGAUGGAAAUGGUGCCUUGCCCAUUCGAGGGAAACACUGAGAUGUUACAAGAGUGCACUGUGCAACUGGACACUAAUGCAACAGAGAUUUAAGCAUACUUAAAGCUUCAUAGUACUGGAGCAACUUAACUGCUUCUUUUUGGAGCACCUUACCUAAUUAUAUACUGUUUUCUGUUUGUAAGUGAUCAGAUAAAUGUUCUGUUCCGGUUAUGAAAACUUCUUUUCUGUCCUGUUCAGUUUAAACACUAUGCUUCUCCCCCUCCCUCCAUCUUCUCCCACCCUUCCCCAACCAAGUUGGAAGUUACAUUCCUUCCUGAGGUGGGCACUUGUGGGGUGUUCACAGUGGCAGCUAUUAUGUACCAACUGUAGUUUAAUGGCAAACAGAAAUCAGUUGUUUUAAAGCUGAGUAUUUUAUUUAUCAAACUGUAGCUUUUGUGUUUUUCUCUGAGGGUUUUUUUCUUACCCCUUCCAGCCCCUGUAAUACUGGAAUAAGUUGUAAAUGAUUUUAAUUUUAUAUUCAAUGAAUUAAAAGAAUUUAUUUAUGGAAUUAAUCAUUUAAUAAAGAAAAUAUUU